UCUGUUUGCUUUGUGUUGCGGGCCGGGUACAGAUCAAUAAAUAACAAGAAUAAAGACCCGGUGGUUUGCCGGAGGCGGGUCAAGGCACCUUCACGUCAGUUAUAUAGUGAGGCCGGCGUUCCGACUGCGGGCACAAUGCGGGAACACUCUACACACGCCGCUCUUUCAUUGUAAUUAGCAGGGGCAAGGCAGCUCGCCAGCCACUUGCCCAAACCCGAGCCGCCGGAGGAUCAUUGCCACCACUCUCCACCCUCAACACCCGCUUCCCUGCUGGAACCGAACCCAUCUAUGCAACGGCGGCGAGCUUGCUCCAUGGUUUGAGCCGGGUCUGUAUGGAAGUACUCAGAGCAAGGUCCGCGGAAGACACGUGCACUUUCCGUCAAUCAGCAAUGCUUUUCCACGGCAUCUCUGGGGGCGAGAUCCAGGGGAUUAUGGAGGAGAUGGAACGGAGGUCCAAGACGGAUGGGCGCAUCGCGAAAGGGGUUCAGAUGAACGGAAGGGAAACGGCGAUGCCUUCUAUUAAUUCUGAUAAACCCGCCCUGUGCGCCGGCUGCGGCGGUAAAAUCGCCGACCGCUAUUACUUACUGGCAGUGGACAAACAGUGGCACCUCAGAUGUCUCAAGUGCUGCGAAUGCAAGCUGGCCCUGGAGUCCGAACUCACUUGCUUCGCCAAGGACGGCAGCAUUUACUGCAAGGAAGAUUACUACAGGAGAUUUUCUGUGCAACGCUGCUCCCGCUGCCACCUCGGGAUCUCUGCUUCUGAAAUGGUUAUGCGUGCCAGGGACUCGGUCUAUCAUUUGAGUUGUUUCACGUGUAUGACUUGCAACAAAACAUUAACCACGGGCGAUCACUUUGGCAUGAAAGAUAACCUGGUCUACUGCAGAGUUCACUUCGAGUCGCUGGUGCAGAGUGAUUAUCACACGCAACUGAACUACACGGAGCUCGCUGCAAAGAGCGGGGGCCUCGGAUUACCUUAUUUCAACGGGACAGGCACCGUGCAGAAAGGCCGGCCCCGGAAAAGAAAAAGCCCUGCCCUAGGAGUUGACAUCCCAACUUACAACCAAGGCUGCAAUGAGAACGACGCUGACCACUUGGACAGGGAACAACAGUCCUACCCGCCGACCCAGAAAACCAAGCGAAUGCGCACCUCCUUCAAGCACCACCAGCUCCGCACCAUGAAGUCCUACUUCGCCAUAAACCACAACCCAGACGCGAAAGACUUAAAGCAACUCGCUCAGAAAACUGGGCUCACCAAAAGAGUUUUGCAGGUUUGGUUUCAAAACGCAAGAGCCAAAUUCAGAAGGAACCUUUUGCGACAAGAGAAUGGGGGUGGUGAUAAAGCUGACGGGACAGCACUGCCCGCCCCGCCCCCAGCAGAGAGGUCCGGCGCCGCACUCAGUCCGGGCAGCACCUCGACCACUUUAACAGACUUGACCAAUCCCACUCUGUCAGUAGUAUCGUCAGUGACCACUAACCUGGACGCGCACGAAUCCGGGAGUCCUUCACAAACUACCUUAACGAACCUUUUCUAACAUUUUUAGCAGAUUCCUUUACAACAGAGAGAGAGAGGAAAAAAAAUCCCUGGGAAGUUAAAAAAAACAAAUCCUGUUUGUUGUGUAGGAUGAUUUUGUUAAAUAACUGAUAUGAAUAUAUAUAUUUUUUGUUUAUUGACGAAUUCUAGUUUACAACAGUAGAGAACAAAACAGUUUACACAAAUAGAAAUCAAUGUCAAUGGAUUGUGCAGUGGUGACUGCGCUUGGAAUAUAAUCCCAUUUCCAACUAUAUCUUCCUUCAGACUUUCACUUUCCUCUACACUGGUCAUACAAACAUACUCCUGUUUUCUUCACCUCUGCUCAAAGUGCCCACCUUUUGUUAACGAGGCCUCUGCAUUGCAGGCUUGUGUUUUAGGGAGAGGGUUUUUUUAAACAGAGACAAUUUCAUGCGCUCUCACCAGUUACCGCCUAUCCAGCCUCUAUCCGCGUUUAUUGUCAUGUGUUCGGUACCGACAUUAAUACAAUAAAUCUGGCCAAGAUUAUUCAAACAAAACCACGCGUUCUUUGGAAGAACGGAACAUGAUACAGGAUCUUUUUUAGCGAGUGAGGUCCAUCGCAGCUUUAUCACGUGCCUUACGAUAUUACUGAAGAAAAUUUGUGACGUGUUUCCCUUGUUUGGAGAGAGAGAGAGACAAUAAAUCCCUUCUGACACCUCACAAGUUUUGUAUUGUUACCUCUUUUUCUGAAAACUUUUUUUUUUGGGGGGGGGGGGGGGGGGAACUGUUUUUGAAAAGAAAAGAAACGGCAUUUGCAUUUGUCCUUCAAGGCAAAUAUGAACACUGUCUCACUAGGAUAGUUGGUAUUCCCGAUGUUAAGUACUGCAAAGUACGUUCGAGGUCCUUCUGUUGAUUUUCGUGUUUAUGAUUAGUACAGUAAGUGGUUUUGAUGAGAUUGUUGAUGUUACUUUGUUUUUAACAUGAAUACACUGUACAGGCGCGUUGUCCCCUUAAAUAUUUAUGGACCAAACGUUUGUGAUAUCUUAUUAAAAGUGUGUGAUUAAACCAGUUUGUUUGAUCGUUUUCAGUUCAGCCUUAUUUCAUGCGGCGUUUAUAUUAUAAUGUCAAAUAAGUUCCUCGAACUGCGUCUAUGUGAAUUGUGUACGGGCGAGUGACCUUACGCGUGAAACUCGUUUGAAAACCAGAAAAUGUCGGUAAUAAUACAAACAGGCGAAUGUAGAGACAUAACACCAUUUAAAAUGAAUAAAUCAGGAACUAAACAUUUUAUCAGUUCAAGCAGAAAAGCACUAAUGUUAUAAAAAGUGCCUGAAAUGAAUACACCACACAUCGAGUUUAUUUCAAAGGUUAUAGAUUGUAUGUUUGUACCAACAUUACUUUUCCACGAUCUCUAUUUUUUCAAUUGUCUAUUUUCGACUCUAGAAUGGCCACUUAAUUUAGAAAUAAAUGACAGAUGUUUCAGGGACAUACACAGGUGAAACAAGCAACUGUGCUUUGACGCAGUAAAUGAAACACGGCUGUAGAUAAUCAGGAAGCAAGCGUGCACAUAAGUUCAGGUUGUUAGCGUAGAUUGAGAGAGACCCAAAAUGACUUCGAAUUUAAAAAACCUGCUCCGGUGGGUUAGGGGCCCACAAGUUUUGUUUUAAAGGGGAGGGGGGACUAAAUCAGUUGGAACUUUACAGAUUCAGGGAAAAAUAAUGCCAAAAGUCCAAAUAAUGCAGAUUUACCUUUUCAAAAUAGUUUUUCACGAAAUGGUGGAAAUAUUAUCCUUGUUAAAAAACAUAACAAAAAGACCCCGUAAGGACAGGUUGCUCUGUAGUUUAAUAAACUGUUA